GGAGGAAAACAAAAAAGAAAGAGUAAGCUUAUUGAAGAAGUAGGAGGAAGACGCGACAGAGUGAGUAGUUAACUUUCUUCUUCUAGUUGACAGCAUGGCGUCAGACAGCAAACAGUUUUGGAUACCUCUCGAAUCGAACCCCGAGGUUCUAAAUAAGUUUAGCUGGAAUGUUGGUGUCCCUUCCAGUUACAAAUUCCUUGAUGUCUACGAUUUGGAUAAGGAACUGUUGGAUACUAUUAAAAAGCCUUUAGCUGUGAUGUUACUUUACCCUCUCACUCAAAAGGCAAUUGAUAAUCCUAUUGGUAAAGUAGAAGAGAAGUCUGAGUUAUAUUUCAUCCGUCAAACAAUCGGUAAUGCCUGUGGUACCAUCGCUCUUGUACAUGCAUUAGCUAACAAUGCAGACAAGAUAAAUUUCAAAGAUGAUGGUUACAUGAAGAAAUUCAUAGCAGAAACCAAGUCAAUGACCCCAGAAGAAAAAGCUUCAUAUCUUGAAUUCAAUCGGGAAAUGGGCGUAGUCCAUGAAGAUUGUGCUCAGGAAGGGCAAACUCAGGCCCCUCCACGUGACCAAGCAGUGGUCCGUCACUUUAUUACAUUGAUUUCACGCAAUAACAAACUUUAUGAACUUGAUGGUAGGAAAGAGGGACCAGUUUGCCAUGGAGAAAUCAACAAGGAGUCAUUUUUAGAGUCUGCUGCAGCUAUGGUGAAGAAGUUUAUGGCUAGGGACCCCGAGGAAAUGGACUUCAGCGUGAUGGCUCUUGCUGAGGAUUGAAAUCCCUCAAGUACAGCUCAGUACAGAACAAUCCAUAUUUUUUUUUCUCUUUUUUCUGGCAGUCCAUUUAUAAUAAAAAUAUUGUUUUUUUUUUCUCCUUUUUCCCCCCGUUUAUUUUUAUUUAUUUUCUUUAAUUACAAAUUCUUCCUUUGUCCUGUGAACUCACCACUGUCCGCAUCGAUGAAAAUCUCCUCAUGGAUAUAUCAAAUUAAGGGCACUUUCAUCAUCAGUCACCAUGCAGCAGUGGUACCCAGCACUGAGGCAAGGGUUAAACACGCAGCUGUUAAACGUUUAACGAAGAUAGUGACUGGCUAAAAAGUAUCGUUGUGGCAAUAUAUAUGUGUCUGUGUCCAUGUAUAUAUAUGUGUGUGUAUGUGUGUGUAUAUAUAUAUAUAUGAACACACAAAAAGUAUUGUUGUGGCAAUGUGUGUAUGUAUACAUGCAUGCAUAUGUAUACAUACACAUGCAUUGCACAAUCUGCACAUAUACAUACAUAUAUAUAAUUGCAGCAGCUAUGGUUGCUAUGGUGCAAUAAUUUAUUAGUUUAUUUGGCUUGUUUGCAUGUAACUUAAUGUCAGAUCUGUCUGUCUAGCUAUCUUCAAAGGAGAGGGUCAAGGAUUGGUUGGCCGGCCUGUCAGUCUGCCUAUCCAGAAAGGAGGGUGGUGAGUCACAGGCUGGUCUGUCUUACUAGAAAGGAUGUUGGAGAGCAACAUGUUGGUCUGCCUGUCUAGAUAGGAGAGUGGAAAGUUAUGGGUUGGACUUGCUGUCUGUCUAUUUUGAAGUGUGGAGAGUCAAGGAUUUGUCUGGCUGUCGAAUUAGAGUGGAUAGUUAAAGAUUGGUCUGUCUGUCUAAUUAGGUGAGUGGAGCAUCAAAGAUUGAUCUGUCUGUCUGUCUAAUUAGGUGAGUGGAGAGACAGAGUGGUCUGUCUCUCUGUCUAGUUAUGAUGUUGGAGAGUCAUGGAUUGGUCUGUCUUGCUAGUCAGGAUGUUGGAGAGUCAUGGGCUGGUCUUGCUGUCUGUCUAUUUUGGGAAGAAAGUGGAGAGCUAAGGAUUAGUCUGGCUAGAGUGGAGAGUCAAGGAUUGGUCUUUCUGUCUAAUUAGGCGAUCAGAGAGUCAAGGAUUGGUUUGUCUUUCUGUCUAAUCAGGUGAUCAGAGAGUCAAGGAUUGAUCUGUCUUUCUGUCUAAUCAGAUCAGAGAGUCAUGGAUUGGUCUAUUUGUUUCUGUCUAGUUAGGAGGAUGGAGAGCCGAGGAUUGGUCAGUCUCUCUGUCUAGUCCGAUGUUGGAGAGUCAUGGGUUGGCUGGUCUGUCUGUCUGCUUAGAAAGGAUCCAGGAUACACUAGUCAUUACAUCUAUGAUUCCCUGUUCUCCUUAUGCAUUUAUUAAGACAUAAUGUCCAAUGGUAUAUAAUUACAUCCUUUAACAUUGAGUUCAGUUUGAUUUCAUCCUUCUAGGAUUAAAGUAUAACCAGGGUACUAUCUAGUAUAGUGGGUAUGGAAGUGGUGAUUGAACCAACUGUGUACUCUCCCUAAAUUUUUAGCUUUGUUCCUAUUAUUAUUGUGUUCAAAGUUCAAAUCUUGCCAAGGGCAACUUUGGCUUUAUCCUUUCAGAGUUGAUAAAUACCAGAUGUCUACUGAGGUUGGUAUCAACUAAUUCCCUCUCCGCAAAAUUGCUGGCCUUGUGCCUCAAUCAGACACUAUUAUUAUUAUUAGUCAUAUUUCUAUCACCACAGAUACUACUACACAAAGAUAUUUUAAAUGGCUGAAGCAGUUUAAUAUUGGACUUAAAAGUACAGUAUAGUAUUUGAAACCCCCUCCAGUCAUCAUUCUUGAUUCUAAGUUCAAAUCCUGCCAAGGUCAACUUUACCUUUCAUUCCUCUGGGACUUGAUAAAAUAAGUGUUUAUGGUGUGGUGAUGGUAGAUUGAGAGUGGUUCAUUAAAUAAAAAGAUAAUUGCUUUUUCUCUUCUUCAAUAAUUACCCUUAUUCCUAAUUAACUUUUUCCAUGAUUACAAUUGGUGGAAUGUUAGCGUUGGCAGAGAGUUGAACUAAAUGUUUUACACUCAAAUCCUGCCAUGUUCAACUUUGCAUUUUAUCUUUUCUCGGUCUAUAAAAUAAAGUACCAACAAAAUACUAAGGUCGAUUUCAUCCACUGUGCCCAUCUUCCAAAACGUUUGGUAUUGUCAGUAUUAGGAAUAAAAUGUGUAUGAAAGAAAAAUAAGGGCUAGUUUUGUGAUUGUGGUAUCUGGGGAUGAUAUUGCCACUGCGAGAUUCUUACAAUGACAUACCCCAACCACACCCAUCAAGCCACCUUAUUUCUUUGGAAGUGGAACAAAGGUUGGAUAAAUACGACACCCUCCCUGAUCGUUUAAUUCUAUCACCAGAUUUUCUUACCUCAAGUUGCCUCCCUUGCCAGAAUUGCAUUUUUUUUUUAAAGUAAAAAUAUAUAUAUUUAUAUAUUCCUGUCUCCUCCUUCCCACCGCUAAUCCCUUAUUGGCCACUCCAUCCCCACCUCCCUGGCUGACCAGCUACUCUCCCUGCUCUGACCAGCCACCACCUCGACGUUGUCCGGCCACUCCCACUACCUGCCUGAUUGGCCACUCCUCCCACAUUGACUGGCUACUGCUUCGAUUUGACCCCCACCGUGUGACCACUUCCAAAAUGCCAUUGUCCACAACAUAAUUCUUGUUCUGUCUGCUGUCUCCCUGCCAUUCCAAAUCCUAUUUUGUAAAUUCCAGCUAUGGUUUCUCAACGUCUGUUGCUAACUUCAGGCUUUCACAAAUGUAUGUGAGAUAUAAUUCCAAGCAUAUAUAUAUUCUAAAACAAAUAUAUAUAUAUUUUUUUCUUCUUUUGGUAAAUAAAGCAUUUUGCUUCUGGCUACUA